AUGGGAAGGGAUUCCACGCGAGAGUUCACAUACGCGCACAGACACCCACUCGAGGAACAUCAUCUUUCACAUCAGCAAUCGUGGCAACAAAAAGAAACAGACUUGGCCAGGGUCAUAAUAUACCGAAUGCUGCGUAAGAUUACCACUCCGUACAAAAUAUCCGUGCGCCGCACCACCUCAACGGCGCCGGAAGCCACGUCAAAGAAGGCCAUUCUACGGUUGAUUCGCUUCGACCCCACAACAAACAGACAACGAAUAGAAAGUUAUGAGUACGACAAGCAGCAUGAAUACAUGGUUCUUGACCUUAUCACGGCAGUAAAGGCGCAUCAGGACCCCACGCUAGCUUUUCGUGCUUCCUGCUGCGAAGGUGUCUGUGGCAGUUGCGCCAUGAACAUUAAUGGCAUUAACAGUCUUGCCUGUAUCACAUUCUCUCAGCAGGUGACAACAGUGGGGCCGUUACCGAACUUUCCAGUCAUCAAGGACUUUGUCGUCGACCUUCGCCACUUCUUCCGGCAAUAUGCGCAAAUUCGUCCAUUCGUGCGCAACACAAAUCUUGAUCGCAGUCGCGUAGAAAACAUUAUUGAGCGGUACGAUACACUUCGAAAAGUCAUUCAUGGCGUCAGCCCUCAUGGGAUCCCUACGGACUCGGAUGUGCCACGCGGCGGCAACGUGGAGACAGAGGUGGUGGGUCUUCUUCGUCUUUUAGACGCAAUUUCUGAGGCGGGCAACGUCACGCACCUUGUGAGUACGCUGGAAGAGCUGGAGGCGAAGGGCGUUCAGCUGGACCAGGCCAAAGUGAAGGAACUCAUCGAGACAACGCUGCGGAAGCAUGGCGAACGAACAAAGUAG